GCUAAAAGUUUUGGAAAGUAUGCAAAAAAUUUCGAUGCAGGUGAAAUACAAAACAUGUCGAAGACUCCGGAAGGGCAUGUCCCGCGAGCAGGCGCACGAGAUGCGAAGGGAGCAGCAACAUAGGUUAGGCUCGCGUGCCGAACUUCGAUUAAGCAAACUGGCCGAAAAGAAACUAGCUGAGGAGAAAGCUAAGAUUGAUGAGAUUCUGCGGCGUCUGAUUCAGGACAAAGCGCGAUGGCACUUCCGUCGCGCCUUAUUUAUGAACAAAAUUAUUCCGAGGAACCUCAUCCCUACAUUAGUUAGUGUCAAAGAGGACAAAGGGAUUUUAGAGUCUACUAUAAAAGUGUUGCAAGAACUGAUGACGCCCGUAGAAUGCCUGAUACCCAUUAAUAUAAUGGGCAGGAAUACGGAAGGGUAUCGCAUAAUAAGCGAGUUGGAUAAUUCCAUCUCGACGGCGAAAGAGGCGUUUAUGGAUGGCAAAAGCACCAAAGCCCUUGUCGAUCUCAUGAACACAAUCCUGCAGGAUUCCAAAAGUCUCAGCCUGGAAGAAUGCGAAAUCAUCAAUUAUUGCCUCUUAUUAGUAAGAAAUUUACUUCACGUCAGUAGUGUUCCAAACGCCCUCGAAGCCAUUAGUACAUCUAGGGGUUCUGGAACGUCAUCUUCUACAAAAACUCAACAGGGAGAUAAGGAGGAAGAUAAUACUGGUGUGUUGACAGAGGAUCAGAUUAUGUGGAAUUUAUUUGCACACAGAUUUGACCAUCUCAUCAUCCAGCUUUUAACUUGUGAACAACAGCAUUUAUGGAAUAUAACAAUGGUCCAACUAGUUUCACUGAUGUAUCGUGAGCAGCAGCAGACAACUAUUCGGAAGUUAAUUAAUGAGUGGCUGGAAUUAUCACUUGCUGAGAGUUCGGAAGAUGACGAAAACAACCCAAUGACCUCCUCUUCUUCGGAUGCUAUAUCAACAUCUGAUCCUGUGUCAGACUCAUCCGAGCGUCUCUCACCUGUUGAAAUGACAGAUGACAAUGUUCGAAAUACUACCUCUGCCAUAAACGGUAAAACUAAUGCAAGACAAAGGAAAUCAGAAAAAGAUGACAGCUGUAAAGACAGUGGUUUUGGCCGAUCUGGUUCUAACAUGGAUUCCUCUCAGGAUGACUCUGUAUCAGAAGGAGCUCAGAAGAAUGGCAAAGAAUCUUCGAAAUCACCGAGACCCUCCAAUUCAGUUGGUGAAGGAGAGGUCUCAUCUGAAGAUCAGAUACAAAAAGAUUCCACAUAUAGUGAAUUUGAUAGGAAAGGCAAAGCCAGAGAUAGCAAACAUAAAAAUGAGAAGUCAGAUGAAGAUCCAUGUAAUAUGAGAAUAGAUUACAAAGAAUUAGCAUGUGAUGAGAAAAGCCUUGGGGAAUGUGAUGAAAGUGUUAAUGGGGAGAAGGAGAGUGACCGUGGAGGCAGUGGUAGUGAAGGAGGAAGUGAAGGUAGUAGCCCUAUACCAGUAUUAGAACAAGUAUCUCCACUUUCUUUAUUAGAAAAUGAACAAGGAGACCAAUGCCUUCCUGCCUUUAACCAUGACUAUCAGCAGGAGACUGAAGGAUUACUUGGUGAUAAUACAGAUCAUUUGCUUCCCCUGCCAGAGGAUGUAGAUGAGGCGAUGCCAUUGGUAGAAAAUAAAACAGGCUUAGAGAGUGUAUGUUCACCAAUGGAGCAACUCAAGCAACCUCCAAAAGAGGAGGAAUCAGGGUCAAGUGGAGAUUCCAGUGCUAAACCUGUGCCCCAGCUCCCCAAGCUUCAUAAACCAAUGACUGGGCAGAAGCGAUCUAGACAUGCAAUGUCCCAAAAGAUGCUCUCAGAAACGCAAGAGAAUAAUGAGUCGAGCAAUUCAACUGGUUCUGAAUGUGAUGAGGGCCCUCAUGCCAAGCGUCCCCAUCAUCAGAAGCCACAUAAGAUGUUGAGUAAGCCCCGACCUGCGAAGAUGUUGCAGAAGGCCUUGCAGGAAAAGAAUAGCAGGCGCAACAAAUUGCUGAGGCGCAAAGAUACCAGUGGGAUCAAAGCUAAAGCAUUGCUGCAUCACCGUCCAAAACCAGAAGAUAUCGCAGAUUUGCUGAAAGAAUUUACAAUUGAUUUCAUGUUAAAUGGAUAUUCUAACUUGGUUCAAGGACUGAGACUUCAGGUCAUGCUGCCCUAUCAGAUUCAGUUGGACAAGUCCCAUUUGCUCUGGCUCAUCACUUAUUUUCUGCGCUUUGCUGUGGAGUUAGAUUUGGAGCUUGGCCAGAUAUGUCCAGUUCUCUCUGUAGAUGUGGUGUCGUAUCUAGUUUAUGAGGGGGUUGUGAUGCAGGAGGAACUGGAGAUUGCCCUGCAGUCUGGAGAAGUAGAUUUACUCCCCCAUGUUCGUCGCCUUCAUCUUGUAGUGACUGCUCUGAGAGAGUUUUUUAUUUCUCUUGAUACUUGUUUGAAGAAGGAUCAUAAUUCGAUUGAUAUCAAGCAUGUUUUACGCAUCAAAGAGGAGCUUGGUCAAUUAGUGGAAGUUCGCCAGUUGUUUGUGCUGCUUAUCCGUAUGUACCGACCAGGAGUCCUAAACCUCAAUUAUCUGCAGGAUUUGAUUACAACUAAUCAUCGCUUUCUCACCACUCAGGAGGCCACCAGUCAGCUUCAUCCGUCCAUGCCUUCAUUUAAUAUUGUCAACCAUGUGAAACAGUUUGCCACCAUGGACAUAAUGAGGCAGUAUGGUCGGCUUUUAGAGAAUUUCGAUGUGAAUGAUGAGACAGUGAAUGAUUGCAUAUUUACCAUGAUGCAUCAUGUUGCUGGUGUGCGGAAUGUGAAUGUCCUUCUCCAGCCAUGUAUUUUGAGGACCUUUUUGCGUAUUUGGAAAGAAGGAUUUGAGCUUUGUGUGGAUUGGGCUGAUCUCAUUGAAUAUAUACUACGAAAGUGUACACGUAUUAGAACUGAGAAUCCAGAUGGCAGGGUGAAUUCAAUGUUCCCAAGACCGCUGUCCGAACCUGUUGCCAUUGAAUUAACUGAUGAUGAUCUUGAUCAACUUUACACAAUGUAUAAAAACUCCAGCAGUGAACAAGAUUUAAUGGAUAAGAUCCGUGACAUCUGUUGUGAUGACUCUAUUGAGGAACCCAUCAAGAAAGAGGUAUUCUAGAAUGCUGCUGCUCGAGGCUUCAUCACUUCCAGUGAAUGUACUAAGCUUUGCGAAGAGAUUCAACCUAUCCAAUUGCAUGCAGGUCUUCAGUCAUUGUUUUCAGACUCCAUCGCCUCCAAGGAAAUGAUUACAGUAGGUUUACCUGCAGGAUUGAUGGAACCAGUUGCUACCAAAUCUGAGGGUACUACCAGUCUUGAAAUGGAUGUGAUGCAGGUUAGCAGUGAUUCCGAUGACUCCUUGGGUAUUAUCCAUCCCUCAUUAACUCAAACCUUGGGGAAAAGAAGGGAAAUUUUCCCAAGUGACAACUCUAAUGAUUUCAAAAUGCCACCUCCCGAGAUCCCAAAGCUGGGGAAUGUGCAUUUGAAAAUACCUGAACUUCCAGAUCUGGAAGAUGAUGAAUUGCCUAAAUUGGAUAGUGUUACUUUCAAAGGUCUACAACCUGUGUUGCCAAAGGAAGUUGAUGAUGACUUUAAAAUGUUGCCACCUGACUUGCCUAAGGAGGUUCAAGGGGAUUUGAAGGAGCACCAUGAUCAAGGAACUAUAUCAGAGAAGACAGAAGGAAGUGUUGAAGGGAAUAUGACUUUCACAGAGGACAGUAAUGAAUGGGAUGAAAAUGGCUCGAUAGUUUACCUCAUCGAUAAGUUGAAGGAGGAAGGGUACAGUAAUCAUAUACAGUACCUUCAGCUCCAGCUUCUGGAGGCAUGCUAUUCUAAACUGAAGAUCGUCGGACCAGACAUCCCAAAACCUGAGCCUGUGGCUUUCCACUUUUCUUUAUCCAAUCAGUCCAUUCCACUGAUUCCAUGGACUGUUGAACAAGAGGAAGUCUUCAAUAUUGCAAAGUUUCGCCAAUUGCUUGGCACAUUAGGUUUCCAUUUGCCGUCAGAUACAGGCAAAGUAUAUCCAAGAAUACCUCAUUUCUGGUGUCCAGAAGUUCUAUUUAUGGUAGCCAAGAAACUGGGACCCAUCGCCUCAAGUAACUUGAGGGUGUCUGUGGAACAGAUGCAGGACAUGUUGCAGAAGAUGAGAGCUUUGUCACUCACAGGUUCCCUCAGAACCCAUGGCAAUCAAGGAAAUGAAGAAUCGGGAAUCCUUGCGGAGCACACCUUUUUCGAUUGUGAUGACUCUUCAGAACGAGUCAGUGACUGCUCCAUGGAAAACAACCGAUCCAGUACUUCAUCCCCACUCUCCUCCAUAGAUGAAAAAUUACUACAUGAGGAGGACGACCAACAGCCCAAUCAGUUAUGCCACAGGAUUCCAAUUCAUUCAGCUGGAUCCUCAACAAACCUGACAUCUACCAAUCAAAUCACCCCAAGUAACAUGGUUCCAGGAGCCCAAGAUCAUGAAGGGAGCACAACCGGCCACAAUAUCCCUCUUUCCAUAGAUCAUGUGGGCUUGGCAGAACCUUGUGAAGAGGAAACUGCUGAUACAGUAGACAGCUGUAUUAUAUCAGGGAUGGAAUUUACUAAUACAUCAACACAAGACCUAGAAUUGAUGGCUUUGAUGGAGUCAGAUGACUUACUAAUCUCACAGCCGGAUGAUACACUGAGUGAAGCUCUUCGAAUGGAUUCAUAAUAUUAAUACGUAUGGUAAAAGUCAUAAGUGGAUGUAGCUACAAAGGACCAAAUGUUUUUGUCAUCACAGGUCUUGUUUCACCAAAUCAGCUCUCUUUUUAAUACUGUAGCAAGCAUAGCUCUUGGUAAACUAGAUGUUUCUUCUAAGAUGUAAUGUGACGCCCUAUGUAUUGAUACUUUCAUGUACUAUUUAGUGAUAAAAGAUAGUGAAUUUUGUCUGUAUCUCAGGCCCAGGGAAUUGUUCAUUGCUGUAUUAUUUAUAGAAUUUGUCAAAAUUGAUUUCAACAAGAUAUUUGACAUAGCAUUUAAAAUUAACUUCAUAUUUAAUCUGGUAACAGUAGUAUUAUUCAUAACAUUGUAAAUAUGACAUAAUCAUUGAGAUACAUUCCUUGGGUUCUGAAUGUAUGAUACCAUGGAGAAAUCCAGUAUCAAUUUUGAGUACAAACAUAUAGUCUAGGUCUAACUAUUUUGGAGAAAUUUAGAAGAUCCUUCUAUGAUAACUAUAGUUUUCACAUGAAACCUUAAAUUUUUAAGUGGCAAACUGUGAUAGAGUUUAUGUGAAAAUUAUUUCUAAACCUUGUUGUGACCUCACAUGGAAGGAUUUUUACAGGAUUUCAAGAGUUGAAAUAAAAAGUAUGUCUUCAAUAUUAAUGGGCAUUUCAUUGUCUCAUUCCAGCACGAUUGUGCCAUAUAUAGGUCUAGACUUAAGAGCUCAAAAUUAAGAUCAUCAAAAAACUAUAUUUUAUAAAUUGGUGAGUAAAAUGUUACUUUGAUGUCUAUGGUGUAUUGUACAUAAGUGUCUUAACAGUAAAAUAUUUCUAUAAAAAGAA